CUUGCUUCAUUGGUAAACUGUACUCAAAAUUUGAUUUCAUAUGAAUUUAAAUUGAAAUUAUCAAAUAAUACUCCGAAUGCAUUACUGUCAGAACCAGCUAGUCCUAAUAAUCUUGAAAUUGUUCUCAAUAUUCCAACAUGGGUUACGUCAAUUAGAAUAGGAAGAAAUCCACCUCAAUUUGUUUCCCUGAAUUAUGAUCUUGAAUCAAAGGAUUCUUUUAUCGAGUCUUCCCAAUCAAAUUCAUCUGAUGGCAUUGCUUUAUUAAUAGAAUCCACCAAUCCAAAAGAAUAUGGUUCAGUUAGGUUUUCAAUGAGAUCUGACCCAUACUC